UCAAAAUAGACACGACAAGAAUCGAUCGUUUUCCCGGUUGAAGGUUAGUAUGAACGAAGGGACGCCUCAAAGCGUAAUGUCGGAGUCUAAUAAGCUCAACGGCUCGCUGCGGAGACGGUCACCGCGGUUGAGUUCUCCUUCUCAGGCUAACAUACAAACAGACAAAAAAAUGGCGACGGUGGCUGUCUGCGUUAAACGCUCCAUAACUGUGAGGAAAAUAGCUCCCAGAAAAACAGUCGCACCGUCGGAGCAUAACAAGGAGAACACGCCGAGACGGUCGGGAUCGGAAGGCGACCAGCAGAAAAAGCAGGAGGUCUCCACUCCAGGUCCAGCCCCGGACUGUGGUGGCUCCUCCUCGGCCAAGAAGAAGAAGAAGAAGGCCGCUAUGCCCUCACCGAUCCUCCCAUCCUCACCGCCGCCCUCUCGUCCCCAGGGGCCGGCGGUUGAUCCAGAGGACGCGGUGUGGUCGCAAAAAGUGCGCCGGUCCUACAGCAGGCUCAGCGACAACUCGUUGAGCAGCCCUGACUCCCGUGAGACUUUAUUUGGCUUUGAGAAGCUGCAGACCCCCGAGGUGGUCCAUAGAGUCCGGCCACCCAAGAGAGGUCUGGAGGCCUUAGGGUCCUUGUCUUGUCUGAACUCUUUCACGUCUUUGCUCGAGGCGGAUGACCGUGGUUCAGCUUUCCCCGAGCCGGACCCAAACAUCCCUGGAGUGGCUGUGGUGAGGGAGAAGAAGAGGAGGAAGAAGGUCCAGCAGAUAGACACCAUAGAGCUGGACACACUGGCUGCAGAGAUGAACGCAAUGUUUGAGGAGGCAGAAGAGUUUGAGCUGGUCGUGGAGUAAAAUACUGAGACUGAAAGUCUUGGACAGAUUGAAGGACUCUCUUAUGGCAUGCUGUUUCUGUCAAUGACGUGCUGAAAAAACACUGACUCCUGGUUUGCUUCAUACUCAAAAAGAAAAGCUUUCGUAUAUUUCAAGUUGUAAAUGUUGAUUCUUUGGAGGUUCUUAUGUUUGGUUGUUCAUUUAAAUGCUCUUAAUGUGGUUGAUUUGCUCUUUAUGUGGAUAGUAUGGUCACACAUAGGUAUUGUUUUGAUUUAAAAAUGUCCAGUAGACAAGUAAACCAAAAGCAUGUUCUUUCUUUUUGUUAUAAUUAAAACCUUUUAUAUAGAUUAUCUUUUAGAACUGAAAUGAUUAAUCAAUCAGUCAUCUGACAGAAAAAUAAUUGGCAACUAUUUUAUUAAUUGAUUCAUC